GUGCGAUAUUUUCCCCUAUUUUCUGGCUUCCCAAACAGGAACGAGAGAGUGGAAGAGGGAGAGGGUCAUCGACUCAUCGUUUGCUUGCUCAUCCUUCCCUUUCAGACAAGUGAACUUCAACUGAAGCCACGUCGAUCUGUUUAUCAGUUUCGUCAUUUUCUGCCCCCAAUUUUCCGGGAAAUUCCGCCACAGAUUUUCCUGCUCGAGCUUCAGAGUUUGUCGGUGUUUGAUUUGAGGGAAACAAGAGUUUGUGAAAUCUACUGUAGAAUGAAUUUCUAGAAAUUGUUCAUUUCAUCACAUAGAAAAACCCAGAGAUAUGGACUUGGCAAGUAGUUUUCAUAAGCCAAAUGUGUUUCAUAGGAGUGAAGGUACAAGUUGCAGGAAUUCGGAUCGUUUUGAUUCACAUUUGAAGUUUAGAUGUAGAGGUAUUGGUUGUAAUUUUCUUGCCAAUCCAAGAUUUACUUCAAAAGGAUACCCAGAAAAGAAGUUGAAGAAAAUGAUUGUGUCUGGCACUAGUAGCAUCAAUUUGGGUAAAAUUGCUAAAGGAGAAUUUAAUAGCCAUUUGUGGGGUUAUAAUUCUAGUGGAUCUUUGAUAUGUAAUUCAGUUAAUGUUUUCAAAAUGUCAAGAGGAGUAGUUUGGUCACGCUGUCAGGGCAGUGAUUCACUAGCUUAUAUUGAUGGUAUUGGUCGAAAUGUAGAAUUUGUUGAAAGUCAUGAUGAAGAGAGCUCAAGAGGAGACAGUAAUGUCAGUCCAGAGUUGAAUGGUUCAGGGGAAGAAGUUGGGGAAGGAGAAGAAGACAAGGGCAGGCCUACUUUGGAUGAAUUGAGGGAGCUGUUGCAAACGGCGCUAAAGGAAUUGGAGGUUGCUCGGCUUAACAGUACCAUGUUUGAGGAAAAGGCUCAGAGAAUAUCAGAAGCUGCAAUAGCAUUGAAGGAUGAAGCAGCAAAUGCUUGGGAUAAUGUUAAUUUUACCUUUAGUACUAUUGAAGAGAUUGUGAAUGAAGAAACUGUUGCUAAAGAAGCUGUUCAGAAAGCGACAAUGGCCCUUUUAUUGGCCGAGGCAAGGCUUCAGGUGGCAGUGGAUUCAUUAGAAGCUGCAAAAGGAAGGAAUAAUUCCCUUGAAUAUGAAGGGCAAGGGGAAGAAUCGAAUGAUUUAAAGAGAGAAGAGGAAGCGUUUUUGGUUGCUCAGGAUGAUAUUAGAGAGUGUCAAACUACUUUGGCAAAUUGUGAGGCGGAUCUGAGACUGUUGCAAAGCAGAAAAGAGGAGUUGCAAAAGGACGUGGAUAGGCUAAAUGAGAUUGCGGAGAAAGCUCAACUGAAUGCUUUGAAAGCUGAAGAGGAUGUGGGGAAUGUAAUGAUUUUAGCAGAGCAAGCUGUUGCCUUAGAACUUGAGGCUGCACAAUGUGUAAAUGAUGCCGAGAUUGCCCUACAAAGAGCAGAAAAAAUUCUCUCCGUUUCUCAUGUUGAUGGAGCUGAAACUACAGUACAACAAAAUGGAUCUUCAUCACAAGGACAUGUUUUGAGUGAGGAGGAAUUGGUUGAGGAGGGAAACGUGAGUCCGGGAAAUUCUGGCAAUAUUGUUGUUGAAAUGGAAAGAGAUGUGCCAAUUGAGGGUGAUUUGUUGGUUAUUGAGCCUUUACUAGGUAGCCAGGUUGAUGGACCUGGCCAGAGUUCUGAAGAUCCAAGUUUGCUUAAUGAUAGUGGUCAAGAGAAUGGAAAAUUAUGUUUAGAAUCAUCGGGAGAUACUGAAAUAGAUUCAGAAAAGUCAAAGAAUGUAGUCCAACCCAAAAAGCAGGAAUUACAGAAGGAUUUGGCGAGGGACAGUUCACCAUUUUAUGCUCCAAAAGCAUUUAUGAAGAAAUCUUCUCGUUUCUUCUCUGCAUCAUUUUUCUCUUUAGACGGGACUGAGUUCACACCAGCAUCACUUUUCCAUGGUCUUAUCAAGUCUGCAAGGAAGCAAUUGCCUAAGCUGAUUGUUGGGUCAUUGCUAGUUGGAGCUGGGAUUGCCUUUUAUGGUACUCGGGCAGAGAGGAUUAAUCAACUAUUUCUACAACCAGACGUUGUUACCACUAGUAUUGAUGAAGUCUCAUCAAAUGCAAAGCCUCUGGUCCGUCAGAUACGGAAAUUGCCUAAGAGAGUUAAGAAGCUAAUGGAGAUGAUUCCUCAUCAAGAGGUGAAAGAGGAGGAAGCUUCUCUCUUUGACAUGUUGUGGUUGCUGCUUGCAAGUGUCGUAUUUGUGCCUAUAUUCCAGAAAAUCCCUGGAGGCAGUCCUGUUCUAGGAUAUUUGGCUGCUGGCAUCUUGAUUGGACCUUAUGGUCUCUCUAUUAUUCGUCAUGUACAUGGGACAAAGGCGAUAGCUGAAUUUGGAGUUGUUUUCUUGCUAUUCAAUAUUGGCCUGGAGCUUUCGGUUGAAAGACUGAGUUCUAUGAAAAAAUAUGUUUUUGGACUGGGCUCUGCACAGGUCCUGUUGACAGCAGCUGUGGCUGGCUUAGUUGCUCAC